UUGCGUUUUGUACUUGAUUUCUUGCCUCGAACUUCACACCCCCGGUUUUUUCGAUUACGAGACAUGUCCAAAACUACUGACCUGAAGGCUUCGGCUGUAUCAAAAAAGGGAAUAGAUCCUAAUCUAUAUCCAACUGCUCGGAGGGAUGAAACUGUUGAAGAUAACUUCCAUGGCAGUAAGAUAAAAGAUGUAUACCGAUGGCUUGAGGAUCCGGAUUCAACAGAAACGCAACAGUUUGUCAAGUCUCAAAAUGAUAUAAGUCGGCCGUUCCUCGAAAAUUGCAACGAGUGGAAAAAAAUAAACUCUAAACUCACUAAACUAUGGAACUAUGCCAAAUAUGGCUGCCCCAUGCGAUAUGGAAGUUAUUAUUAUUAUUUUAUGAACACCGGUCUGCAAAAUCAGAGCGUUAUGUAUCAACAAACAUCUUUGAACGGAGAUAGCAAAGAAUUCCUCGAUCCUAACAAAUUAUCUGAUGAUGGUACAAUUGCCUUGGCUCAAAAGUCAUUUUCAGAUGACGGCAGCUAUAUGGCAUAUGGAUUAAGUGAAAGUGGGUCCGAUUGGAUUAAGAUUCUUAUACGAAAUACCGAGACUGGUAAAGACCUGAAUGAAAUACUUAACAAGGUUAAGUUUUCCGAAAUAUCAUGGACCAAAGAUAAUAAGGGAUUUUUUUAUUGUAGAUAUUCUGAGCAAGAUGGAAAAACUGAUGGCUCUGAGACAAAACAAAAUGAAAAUCAAAAACUGUACUAUCAUCGACUGGGAGAAAGUCAGGAUAAAGAUACUCUUGUUGUCGAAUUUCCCGAUGAACCUUCAUGGCGCAUUCAAUCUGUAGUAUCUGAUUGUGGACUAUAUUUAAUACUGGCUAUCGUUAAGGAUUGUCGAGACAACAUUGUGUACUACGCAGACCUUGAACCUGGUAAAGAAAUUAAUUCAAAACUGAAUAUUAAAAAAAUUGUGGAAAAAUUUGAAGCGGACUAUGAUUAUGUUACCAACGAAGGGUCAAAGGUAUAUUUUCGUACAAAUAAAUUGGCACCCAAUUAUCAAGUUAUAAUUAUUGACUUCGAGAAACCAGAGGAAAGCAAUUGGAAAACUCUAAUAGCAGAGCACAAGACUGAUGUGUUAGACUGGGUUAGGUGCGUGGACGAAGACAAGCUUCUAGUAUGCUAUAUAAGAGACGUAAAAACCGUUUUGCAAGCCAAUUGUCUUCGAACUGGAAAACUAUUGCGUGUAUUCGACUUAGAUAUCGGUACCAUUGUAGGAACUUCAGGCGAGAAGAAGUAUUCAGAGAUUUUUUAUAACUUUUCUUCCUUUUUGAGUCCUGGAUGUAUUUAUCAAUAUGAUUUUAAGACCCCAGAGAUCAUGCCAAAAGUGUUUCGCGAAAUCAAACUCAACUUGGAAGGUUUCUGUCGAGAAAACUACAUUGUCGAACAGAUAUUUUAUAAAAGUAAAGACGGUACUAAGAUACCAAUGUUUAUAAUUCGUAUGAAACGAGAUACUAUUGAGCCCCGACCUUGCCUUCUCUACGGUUAUGGAGGCUUUAAUAUUAGUAUGCUUCCAUGUUUUGGGCUCACUGGACUUAUGUUUAUAGAUACCUUUGAUGGCGUGUUGGCUUAUCCAAACUUACGUGGCGGUGGAGAAUACGGCGAAAAAUGGCAUAAUGAUGGUCGUUUGUUUAAUAAGCAAAAUGUGUUCGACGACUUCCAAGCAUCAGCUGAGUAUUUAAUUGAUAAUAAUUACACGUCGAAAGACCGUUUAGUUAUUCAAGGUGGUUCGAACGGAGGUCUCCUUGUUGGAACUUGUAUUAAUCAACGUCCUGAUUUGUUCGGAGCUGCUGUAGCGCAAGUUGGAGUAAUGGAUAUGUUACGGUUUCAUAAAUUCACCAUUGGACAUGCAUGGUGCUCAGAUUAUGGAAAUCCAUCUGAAAAGGAUCACUUCGAAAAUCUUUACAAGUUUUCUCCACUACAUAAUGUACACACACCCGGUAGUAACGAAAAGGAGUAUCCGUCAACUUUGAUUUUGACGGCCGACCACGAUGAUCGUGUCAGUCCCUUGCAUUCAUUCAAAUUUACUGCCGCAUUGCAAGAAGCUGUACGCAAUUCCAAAUUUCAAAAUAAUCCUCUAUUAUUGCGGGUUUAUACAAAAGCCGGCCACGGUGCCGGCAAACCAACGUCCAAAAAAAUUGAAGAGGCAACGGACAUUCUAACGUUUAUGUCUAAGAGUCUUAACGUUGAUAAAAUCAAUUUAAAUAGUGAACAAUAAGAAAAAUGCAUUUUCAAAUAUUAACUAUAUGUAAUAGAAAUGUUUAUGAAAGGCAGCAACCAAAGCAACGAAAGGUUGUUUGUAGUAAUACAUUUAUUGGAAUUUUA